AUGGCCUUCAACUUCAACUGGUCGCCGCUCACGGCCGACGAACGUUUCUACGAGCGAGCGCGCGACCUCCUCACGACGGCACUGAAUAAGUCGCCCAAGCCGCCCAUCAUCGUCGAUGACAUCUUCGUGACCGAAUUCAACCUGGGCUCCGUACCUCCCGACCUAGAGAUACUGGAGAUUGGCGACCUUGCAGAGGACAGGUUCCGCGGCAUAUUCAAAAUGUGCUAUUCUGGCGACGCAUUCCUGACGCUGAAGACGAGAGUACAAGCAAACCCCCUGAACACUUACCUGUCUGCCAAACCGAGCUUCACGUCCCCACAGCCGCUCGCUGCUGCGUCAAGUCUCACAAUUCCGCUUCAGAUCACGUUAUCUGAGAUCAAGUUGUCGGCCUUCAUCAUCAUCGUCUUCUCCAAGCAAAAGGGGCUCACUCUCGUCUUUCGAAAUGACCCUCUCGAGUCGCUCAAGGUCUCGUCGACCUUCGACUCGAUUCAGUUUGUCCGUGAUUAUCUGCAGCGGACUAUCGAAGUGAAAUUGCGUGACCUGAUGAUGGAUGAGCUCCCUGCCAUCAUUCACCGCCUCUCUCUACAACUAUGGUGUCCAGAUCAGGUUCUCAAGGAGGGCGACGAGUCGAAAGAAGAGAGCGACCCAGUUCAGAACCCGCUUGGCAGCCCGCCCUUGGAUGCUAUUGAUGCAAGCGGGCAUUUGCUCGACCCCACCGAGAUAUCAUCCUUGUCGCUUGAUGGUGGUCCAGGGACUCAGUCACUAUUUUCGCAGAAGAGCAUCAUCCAACUGGCAUCCUUAAACGGGUCUAAUCACACUUCAUGUCUGUUUACCCGCGAGCUUCACAAUUCUAUGCUGAGGGCCUGGGCUGGCCCAUCCGACCGGGUUGAUGCGUCCCCCACGCCUCCUUUGGCCACGCCAAGCUUGUCGAGGCCACCCUCGUACUAUGGAAGUACUCACACGUACACGUUCUCGGACCUCGGCAGCCAAGAUACCGGCCUGCUUUCGUCGCGACCUUCUUUAGUUAACCUGAGCCAUGCCACGGCUGGAUUGUCGCUGGGAUCUGGACGACACCAUAAGGCGGGCAGGAAAAAGAAGACCCGCGUCGUUAACCUGCGUCGCAAGACAGGAAGCGAAGUUAGCAGUGAAGCUGGGGAGGCUGUUUCGGAUUCGACUUCGGUUCAGGGCCCAAUAUCAGAACCAGCCAUGCCCACUUCGCUUCUGGAGGUACCAGAAGAAGGCGAGAUGGUAGUGCUAGCAGGAUCCGGGCCGUCCAGGUUGCCACUCCGGUUGCCUCAAGACUCCGGGGACCACGGCAAGGCUGUGGAGACCAGAGAGCCAAUUCUGGUUGAUAGCAAGUCUCAACGAUCUCGGGGCGGACCGCAGUCUGACACUUCAUCGGUCAUUCUGGAGCAGGCUUGGAUAAUGAAGAUGGCGGGAGAGAUUGCCCGUCGUGUCUAUGACGAGAAGAACCGCAACCCUGCUUUUUGGGAGGACCGCGACGACACCCCUCCUCCGGCCUACGAGGCGAGGUGA